AUGGCCACAUCUGCGACUUCCGCUGUUGCGGUUAAUGCACCGCUUCUGCGGAAAUAUCCGCUUCUGCGGUUGAAUAUGCGCUCCUGCGACUUCCGCUUCUGCGGACAAAGUAAAAUUUUCCCGCUUGCAUACUCUAUUGUUAAUUCAGAGAACGAUGCAUCUUGGGAAUGGUUCUUCGAAAGAUUCAGAGAGACAUACGGUGUAAGAGAAGGAAUGUGUAUAGUAUCUGACCGACAUGAAAGCAUAGCAAAGGCAUCUUCAACAGUGUUUCCAAGUGUGCCUCACUGUGUAUGCAUUUUCCACUUGUGGAACAACAUAAAAGUGAAGUUCAAGAAGAAUCAACUGCUUAUGAAGGAUCUUUUUUUUGCAGCAGCGAAAGCAUACACGAUUGAAGAGUUUGAGCAUCAUAUGAGUGAAAUUGAUGACCUUGACAAGAGGGUUAGACCAUAUUUACUCAAAAUCGGAUAUGAUAGAUGGUCAGUAGCGCAUUCAACAGUCAACAGAACAACAACUAUGACUUCUAAUAUUGAGGAAUCGAUAAAUGCAGCAAAUAAAAGUGCAAGAGACUUACCAAUUCGUCCUUUGGUUGAAUACAUGGCGAACUUGAUUCGUGAUUGGAAUUAUGAAAACAAUAAAACUGCCAUGUAUACCUUCACAAAGCUGAGUGAGAAAUAUGAAGACAUGCUGCAGAAAAACAUGAUCAAAUCUCAUAGGAUGACGGUAAUAUGA